UACUUACACACACACAGACAGAUACAGUCGCAGCAUAUACAAUAAGGCGCGACUUUUUUUUUACCUUCUUCUCUCUCCCCGUGUGCAUAUACACUGCGCACAGCGUGUCAUCGUUCGCCAAGAGAGCGAGAGAACAUUUCGUUUGUUUAUAUACGUAAAAAGGAGGCAUCGCCGAGUUGUCGCUGUUAUAUUAUUGGCUAACUUAUAUUAGGAGGCUCGCGUGCAGUGCGUCACAUUGUUGUACUACUACACAGUGCAGCGAGUCUGCUGCUGCUGACUGUUUGUUUGUUGUCUUAUAACGUGUGUUUUGUUACGUAUCAUCGACAGGACACGUGAUAAUUUAAAGUGCCAUAAUAAAAGUAUAGCUAUAAAACAACGUAAACACGUUGGCGAAAAAUCACAACGAUUGACAAUCAUUGUAUGUAUACGAUAUAUUAAUUGCGGAGCAUAUAAGAGAGAGAACGUAUCAUUAUAUACACAGUGUAUACGACAUAUAUGUAGUGUAUAAGGCAACAAACAGUAUACGCGAUAUUUAAGAGGGGUACGUACUCUCGAUAUAUACUGUAGCGUAAAGGAAUAACACGGUAUAAACGCAUAUACGCGACUACACAUUCUGACAUGUCUAUAUAUACGACAUAGGCGCGCGAAGCGGCAGGCGAAGUUCGGAGCAGCAAACAGAAUCAUCGUUCGCAGCAGAGAGGAAUCAGAGUGUCUGUGUGUGUAUGUGUGUGCGCGCAAAAGAGAAGGAGACAUAAAGAGCGCGAGAAAGAAAGAGACGGACUCAUUGCGCUGCCGAUGCGCAUAAGUCAGUGUGUGUGUGUGUGCGUGUAUUUUAGUGUAGAGCCGCCGCCGCCGUAGUCGCGCACAAUCCAGCGCAGCGCAGCAGAGAACGUCGCGCGAAGAUACAGCGCGCUGGGGAGAGCACCAAAAGCUGCUGCUGCGAAAUUUCAUCGACUCGCCGCGCGUACUCGCAUUUAAUAAGUGUACGCGUAAACACACGUACACUCGCACGGGGCGCCGCGUUGUGAGUACCCCUAUAUAUAUACGCACACAUAAUAAUAAUACCUCGAAAAGUUCUCGAGCGAGUGAGUAAGGAGAUUCGUCUUUGUACGUGUAUACUUGUGCGCGAAGGUGUGUCUGUGUGUAUUCGUGCGUUAAUACAUUGCAACAACUGCAGCAGCGGACUGCAGUCGUCCGAAGGAGAGAUCCGAGAAGACAAAGAGAGAGAGAGAGAGAGAAGCUGCUGCUGCCGCCGCUGCUUGCCGAGUUGCCGUCGCUUUGCCCGCGCGCACCGCCGUCGCCGUUGCUGAUGCUACUACGUACGGCUGCUGCUGCUACAGCUACAGCUACUUGCACACAAGUCUACUGUACUGUGCCGAUGUUGGCGAGUCGCUGGCUUGCCAUAACCUCAAAAGGCGAGUCAUAAAGAGUAGAAGAGGAACAAGUUUCAUCAGUGUCGGCUAUAACAACAGUGCUCCGGACACAGUGUGUUGUGGGUGUGAGAGUGCUUUCUGUUCUUUUAUCUCGAGCGACGCUAUUUAGUUUUACUUUGAUUACAUAUAUAUUUUGUUCAUGAGCGUCGUGCACAUCGUGUGUCUGUGUAUUAAAAAAAUAUAUACACGCAACGAUCCCUCGAGCCUUAGUGCGUUUUGGUUCGGGCUCGGUUUCCUCGACUCCCCAACAGACCAGUAGCAGCAUCAUCGUCGUCGUCAUCUCUCCCUGAGACGAUAAAGUCAGCGAACGAACGUCUUUUGUGGCGCCAAGAGACAUUACGAAGGGUAUAUAAAUCCGUGAAUGGACAAGGACAACAAUCAUCACGCGAACAACAUAAUGCUGCAACACGGAGGCUCGAACGUAGGCCUUAUGGGCGGCCAAGGACAGGCUGGACAGAACAGCGCUGCUUACGGCAACAUGGGCCAGGUCGGCGACGGCCAGGCCGGUCAGGGUCCCGAGCAGAGCGUCGAAGCGCGCAAGCAGGACAUCAGCGAGAUUCUCCAGCAGAUCAUGAACAUCACAGACCAGAGUCUCGACGAGGCGCAAGCCAGGAAACACACGCUCAACUGUCACAGAAUGAAGCCAGCCCUGUUUUCGGUUCUGUGCGAGAUCAAGGAAAAAACAGUUCUGUCGCUGAGAAACACGCAAGAGGAAGAGCCCCCAGAUCCACAAUUGAUGCGCCUGGACAACAUGCUGAUAGCCGAAGGUGUAGCCGGACCCGAGAAGGGCGGUGGCGUUGGGGCUGCUGCCUCUGUGUCCGCGGCAGCCGCAGCUGCUGGACCCCCUGGACAGCCCGACAACGCCAUCGAACAUUCGGAUUACCGAGCCAAACUCGCGCAGAUCCGCCAAAUUUACCACCAAGAGUUGGAAAAAUAUGAACAGGCCUGCAACGAGUUUACCACCCACGUGAUGAAUCUGUUGAAGGAACAGAGUCGCACCCGACCCAUAACUCCCAAGGAAAUCGAGAGGAUGGUUCAAAUUAUACACAAAAAGUUCUCCAGCAUUCAGAUGCAGCUGAAACAAUCGACGUGCGAGGCCGUGAUGAUUCUCAGAAGUCGUUUCCUCGACGCCAGACGCAAGCGACGAAACUUCAGCAAGCAGGCGUCGGAAAUUCUCAACGAGUACUUCUAUUCACACCUAAGCAAUCCGUAUCCGAGCGAAGAGGCCAAGGAAGAGCUCGCCAGAAAGUGUGGAAUCACAGUCAGUCAGGUUUCCAAUUGGUUUGGCAACAAGAGAAUCCGAUACAAGAAGAAUAUAGGAAAAGCUCAAGAGGAAGCUAACUUGUAUGCGGCUAAAAAAGCUGCCGCAGCUUUUGCAGGAGCCUCGCCGUACAGUAUGGGCGGCGCGAGCCAAGGCACACCGACACCCAUGAUGUCGCCAGCGCCACCGGGCGCGCCACAAGACAUGGCAUACGGCAUGGGCAUCAACGGCAGUGAUUACGGCUCGCAAGGCUACAACGACGGCUCAAUGGGUUACGAUCCAAUGCACCAGGUAAAUAAUCCAAGGGAGCGCCAUGACUACGAUGAUGAGUAGACUCAUCGGCUACUAUAACGUAACGUGACUGAGUGACACAAAUUUCCGCACGGAGUAAGUAUGAAAUCGCCACGGUAGAUGUAAAUUUUAACUUUUGUAACGCCGAUGAAGCUGGAACAAGCGGUGACUCGCAAUGGACAUUGACCAGCGAGUUUGAGUUUGCCAACUUCGCAAACACGCGCAAAAAAACAAAAUACGCAACGACCAUGUACACUCGCAACAAUUACUUCGCAUGUAGCACGCAUUACUUUAAGUUAUAAAACAUCUCUCAUCGCGUCCUUUAUAUACAGAGAAAAAAACGAUAGACAACGUGUGCAAUAGAUUCUGUUUAUGCUGAUUCAAAUCUCAAGGGUGCUCGAAAAAUAGUUUAGAAGUUUUCAAUCAAUCUCAGCAGUUCGAUAAUUUUAAAAAUAUUAGAUAAAAUGUAUUGUAAACUGACAAAGUGUGCAAUAAGAUUUUACAGUAAUAAUAUUUAUACGCCUAGACUUAAAUGAUGGAAGGAAAAAGAUACUAUUGUUUUAUUAAAAGUAAGCAUUUUUAUGCAAGAAUUUCUGCAUCGGCCUAAAUACGUAAAAAAAUGUGUCUUACACUACGAUUAAUCAAAAAAAUUUAUAUAAGCUUUAGCAUGUACUUUUGCACGUUGAUCGAGUAUUUGAUACAUAAUCUCCAUUUUGAAUAACGAUAAAUUUUAUAUUGUAGUUUAUGAACAAUAGUUCACUUCGGGUUGUUUGUUACAUAUUAAAAAGAAUCAAUUGUGAAUAAUACAUAUCAGCAUAGUAUGUACUGCGAAAAUAGCAAAACUUGAGCACUUGCUAGAUGCUCCUAGAGCAAAUCAUAUUAGUAACAACUCAAAUAGCCACCAGAGUUGAUGUACUGAAAAAAAAAAACAACAUGAAAAAACUAUGAAUGGCUCAGGGCAAGCCAAUGUCUGAUGGUUGGAUUAUGCAUUAUCAAGGCCAUCAGACCGUAUCAGAUUAUCAGUCAUAUUAAGGUGUCGAUUCUGCCGAUUCGGACUCAGAUCAAGAAAACAACAGAAAACCACGCAGAUAAAAGCUCUCAAAACAGCGAUUUUUGUCAGACAAAUUCGUUGUAGAUACGCACAUGUUCGAUGGUGGCUAAUUUGCUUAUCGCGUUUUUAAUUUAGGACUUUUUUCUUUUCGUGUAUCGCAAUUAUUAUGCAUAGUUUAAUUGUAUGCAGAUUGAUAUUUUAAUGUUUUGAUAUUAUGUAAAUUUAGGUUUUAUCUUGUAUAAUCUAAGUUCGCGAGUAUAGACUAUGUAAAAUAGAGAAAAGAAACAGUGAUGAAAACUUGACACAGUGAAUCAUGAUUGCGUGAUUGAUGAACGUACUUUAUUUGUAUUUCUUAACUUGUUGUAGAUGUGUCGAUCAUGACAUGCAAAUUAUUUUAUUACUUAAUUUUGAAAGCGAAUUAUAAUCAUCAGUUUGGAAUGCUCGUCAUACGUUAUUUAUUAUUACUUGCCCGAUAAUAUUUACAAAAAGUCAAAUUAAUUUUAAUUUAUCCAGGAUCAUAUGAUUAAUAUACAUUAAAUGUAUAAUUAGAGGUGAGAUGUUAAUAUUAGGUGACUCUCUAUUCCUUAUGAUUGAAUAAGGAUGAAGAGAGCAUCGCGUACGGAUUAGUUACUAUCACAUACGCUAGUUUGCUGCUAAACAAUUUACGAGCGCCCAUUUUUCACUCUCUAACUUUUUUUAAUCAAACUUGUUUCGUGCCUUUUGUCGUUAUGCGUAUAUUAUAAUUAUUAU